AUGGCGGUCAACCACGCACGAGGCCCCCGCCGUCCAACGGAACCAUGAGCACGCCCGAGGCGGCAUGCAAGCGCAACACCUGAGAGCGCGUCGUCCGUGGCACGGUGGCAUGGCAGGCAGGGCAGUUCAGCUGUCUCCUUUCGCUUUCUCUUCUCCCCCCCAAGUCGACCGACGCGGCAGCAAAGCCUCUUUUCUCCAUCCUCCUCUAGGUUCUUGAUCGCUUCAGGAAGACACAUCAGUAAUUCCAUCAUGAGCUACCAGCAGGGCGCCACCGCCACGGCCUACCCUCCGCCGGGCCAGCAGCAGCAGCAGGCCUACGUAGCCCCGCCGCCGCCGGCCGGCUACCCGCAGAAGGACCAGCAGUAUCCUGCCGCCGCCGGCGCCGACACCACCACGAGCCGCGGCGGCCAUGGACACCACCACGGCGGCGGCUUCUGGAGAGGCUGCUGCGCCGCUCUGUGCUGCUGCUGCCUCCUCGACGCCUGCUUCUGAUCAAGUCAAUUUCAUCCAUCGUGCUCGGUUAGGCUACGUGGCCUAACGACUGCACCUGCUGUUCAUCACGGUUGAUGUGGAGUCCGGAUGUCAUCUAGUAAUUGUUUGUUUUCCUUUUUCGCUUGGUUGGUUACACUUUUGUGAGCAGUGCUAUUUGUUGGUUGCUCAGCACCAUUUCUGUGUAGUAUGUCAUGGUGAUGUGGCCCGAUCUGUUGUACAUUGAUUAUGUUAAUAUAUAAAGAUGGUUAGUAAUA